GCCAGCAUGAAGAGGAGGUUUGAGAACAUAUGUGAAGGCAUCAUAAGGUCAGGGACUCAAACACUCCUGAACAAGAUCUACACAGAGCUCUACAUCACAGAGGGAGAGAGUGAAGGGGUGAAUAAUGAGCAUGAGGUUUGGCAGGUAGAGUCAGCAUCCAGGCCACAAACCACAGAAGACACAGCAAUCAACUGCAAUGAUAUCUUCAAGCCCUUACUUGGAAAGGAGAGACAUAUCAGAACUGUGAUGACCAAGGGAAUCGCUGGCAUUGGAAAAACUGUUUCAGUACAGAAGUUUAUCCUUGACUGGGCAGAGGAGAGAGCUAACCAGGAUGUAGAUUUCAUGUUUGUGCUUCCGUUCCGUGAGCUGAAUUUGGUCAAACAUGAUCAGUACAGUCUUCACAGGCUCCUGCUUGACUUCCACCCUGAGCUUAGAGAGCUGCAGAAUGGUGAAUACAAAGACUGUCACAUUGUGUUCAUCUUUGAUGGUUUGGAUGAGAGUCGACUUCCACUGAAAUUCCAAGAAAAUCAGAAGAUUUCUGAUGUAACACAAACAUCAUCAGUGGAUGUGCUGAUGACGAGUCUCAUUCAGGGAACUCUGCUCUCCUCUGCUCUCAUUUGGUUAACCUCCCGACCAGCAGCAACCAGUCAGAUCCCUUCUCAGUGCAUCAGUCAGGUGACAGAAGUACGAGGGUUCAAUGACCCACAGAAGGAAGAGUACUUCAGGAAGAGGAUCAGCGACCAGAAUCAAGCCAACAGAAUCAUCUCACACAUUAAGGCAUCCAGGAGUCUCCACAUCAUGUGCCACAUGCCAGUCUUCUGUUGGAUCUCAGCCACUGUCCUUCAGCAGAUACUGGAACUGGGGGGAAAAGGGAAGAAAGCCCCUAAAACUCUGACUGAGAUGUUCAUACACUUCUUGCUCAUCCAGACCACCAGGAAGAACCAGAAGUAUCAAGAGGAAAGUGAGACAGAUAGACAGAGGCUCCUGGAGUCACAUAAGGGUGUCAUUUUGAAACUAGCAGAGCUAGCUUUCAAGCAUCUGGAGAAUGGCAAUCUCAUGUUCUAUGAGGAAGACCUGAGAGAGUGUGGCAUUGAUGUCAGUGAAGCCUCAGUCUACUCUGGCAUGUGCACUGAGAUCUUCAGGGAGGAAUGUGUGUUUCACCACAAGAAGGUCUACUGCUUUGUGCAUCUGAGCAUCCAGGAGUUUCUAGCAGCCAUGUUUGUGUUUCAUUCCUACAUGUCUGGAAAUCUGGAGGAACUGAAAUCUUUCCUCCCCAAAAGACACAGAGACAAUCAAGUGUCCCUUUCUUUGCAUAUCCUGUUGAAGAGAGCUGUGGACAAGGCUUUGGACAGCGAUAAUGGACACCUGGACCUUUUCGUCCGCUUCCUUGUAGGCAUCUCAAUGGAGAGCAAUCAAGCCCUCUUGCAAGGCUUAUUGACAAACACACACAGCAGCUCAGAGAGCAUCCAGAAAACAUGCCAAUACAUCAAAGUUCUGAAGGGGAAGUCUCCUGAAAGAUGCAUCAAUCUUCUUCACUGCUUAUUUGAAAUGAACGAUCAUUCUCUGCAUCAAGAAGUCCAAACCUAUCUCAAAUCUCCAGAUGGCCUCUCAGGUGAAUUGUCACCUGCCCACUGUUCAGCACUGGCCCACAUGUUUCUGAUGUCUGAGGAGGUGCUGGAUGAGUUUGACUUGAGCAAAUACAAAACAUCCGAGGAGGGACGGAGGAGACUGUUGCCAGCUUUGAGAUGCUCCAGGAAGGCUCUGUGA